AUGAGCUGCCUGGCGAAGCUGGCCGCCGCGCCCGGGGCGGGCAGACGCGCCCACGAGCUCGUGGCCGCCGCGCUCCGCCGCGUGGGCUCCGCAUCCGCGUCCACAUCGUCGCCCGCCGUCCCCCGCGGUCGCAUCGCCGGCGGCCGCCACGAAUCGCAUCAUCGUCGUCGUCCCCAUCCACAGCAGCGUCGUCGCCUGGCGCGCACGUCCGCCGCCGCGGACGUCGACACCGACGCGAUUCUCGAUUCGUACCUCGACGACGCACAGAUGGACCAGGUGCGCACGUUCGCCACGACGCUCCUGGAGAAGAACAAGGUCAUGAACCUGACGGGCGCGCUCACCGUCGAUGAGGUCCUCGGCAGGCACGUCGCAGAUUCCCUCGCGCUCAUCCCCGCCAUCGAACGCGCGCUCGACGCCGGCGCGUCAUCCCGGAAUCCCGGCGCCAAGAUCCGCGUCAUGGACGUCGGCAGCGGCGCCGGGUUCCCCGGCAUGGCGCUCGCCAUCGCGAGGCCGACGUGGGAGGUCACCCUGCUGGACACCCUCCAGAAGCGAACCUCUUUCCUCGCCGACGCCGCCGCCGAGUGCGGCGCGGACAACGUCCGGACGCUCUGGUCGAGGGCGGAGGACGCGGGGAAAGUCGGCAACGAGCACAGGGAGGCAUACGACGUCGUCACCGCGCGCGCCGUCGCGGAGCUGCGAGUCCUCGCGGAGCUGUGCGUGCCGCUGGUGAGAGUCGGUGGCGCCUUCGUGGCUAUGAAAAACUCACUCGCGUCCACCGCCGGGGAGACGAGUGCAGCGGCGGGGGCGAUCGAGACGCUGGGCGGGACGCCGUUCGUCGCGAACGAGGUACAAAGCGUCGGUCCGGACGGGGAGCUGCGAACUGCGGUGGUGAGCGUCAAAGAACGGGCGACGCCGGAUAAGUAUCCUCGCAGGGCAGGGAUGCCGAACAAGCGGCCGUUAUGA